ACCACAGUGCCAGCACCCUGUCAGGCAGCUAGAGUACUCUUACUAACAAAAUGCCUCACAUUUCUUGGUGCAAGUAAAUGGGACGAGUGUUUUGAAUGUACAACUUCAUCGUUUACAAGCCAUCUGAGAAACCCCCACAGUGAUCUCUUUCAUCAGCUUAGUUUAAUGAAGCUAAAAUUCAUGUAAAAAAUACAGAUGGUAUCAUUCUGAAAAAGGACAAAAAUCACAAACACUGGUGAGUCGAAGGAAAGAAGAUGUCCUUCAGUACAAUAUCUACCUCCAUUGAAAACUAUGAAUAUGAGGGUAAUUCCACAGAAUUGGAUUGCGAGCCUUUCCCCAGUUAUGUUGCUGACAUCAUAUUGCCUCUUCUCUACAGCCUAAUGUUUAUCAUAGGGAUCUCAGGGAACUCUGUCCUCAUGAUAAUCCUGCUUUCCAGAAAAAAUGUGAAGAGGCUAAUAGAUAUCUUUAUCAUCAACCUGGCACUCUCAGAUUUUAUCUUCCUGCUCACUUUGCCCUUUUGGAUAGACUUCUACAUUUCUCAGGGCAACUGGCGGGUGGGGAGCUUCCUCUGCAAAUUUAGCACCUAUGUCAUUGCUCUGAACAUGUAUUCUAGUGUCUUCUUUUUGACUUGCAUGAGUUUUGAUCGGUAUCUAGCCAUAGUCCACCCCUGCAUGUCCAGAGCAGUUAGGACCAGACUGCAUGCUUCAUACUCCUGUAUUUUUGUCUGGAUAUUAGCAAUGGUGUUGGCCAUCCCAGUUCCUAUAUCCAGAAAAGUGGUGGAAAUGGGUGAAGCUUCAGUAUGUACAGAAGACAUGAAUUCUCAACUCACAGGUCCAUUUACCCUGAUCUCACUGACGUUUGCCUUUGUUCUACCCCUUAUUGGGAUCCUUGGCUGCUACUGCAUGAUCACCAAAAAGCUAUGUCUCCAUUAUCGACGAGCUAAGAAGCAGGACCAGCGGUAUCUGAAAUCCUUUAAAAUGGUCUUCAUUAUAAUAGCCUUGUUUGUCAUCUCCUGGGUUCCGUUCAACACUUUCAAGAUCAUCAGCACUGCAGUGAGAAAGGCAGGAGAGAAGGCCAUGGAGGAGGAAAGUAGCUCCUGCAGUGGUAUCGAAACGAUAUCAGAUGUGGGCAUGCAGGUGAGCUCUCCCCUUGCCUUUGCAAACAGCUGUGCCAACCCCAUCAUCUACUAUUUCUUUGACAACCACAUGAGGAGGAAUGUAGUGCGGUUCCUCUGCAGAUGGCGCACUGACUACUUGAUGACUUUGAGUCUGGACACCUCUUCUUCCCAUCUGAAUAAGUCCCAGAUCACUAAUGCACAUGGAAACCAGGACAACUUCAAGAAGCCUUAUUCUAAGAACUUAACACAAAUGCAGGAUUACUCUCUAGCAAGUGAAGAAUGAACCUCCCCCAUCCAUAAGACAGUAUAAGAAUACAACAGACUCAUUUAGGAAACAUGACAAUGGAACAUCCAUGUGCUAUGCUUUCAUCUUAUCCAUAUAUAAUAGUAAUAGUGGCAUUAUAUUGACAUUACAACCCAAGAAAUGUUUGAUAUUAGUUGAAUGGUGGUUUUUAAAUGCCUUUUAGUUUCUUGUUAAAGCACUGUGUCCCUGAUGUGUUAUGUUUCCUGGUACAGAACAUUGUCAUUCCUCUAGAAUGGCUAGUAUCUUCAUAAAGGGAAUGAUAUUCAUGUUUCCAUAUACCACUGUGCUCCCAGCAACGGUAUGCACAAUGUAUGGUUUUAGUCACUACUCCUGAAGCUGUCAAUGUAUAUAUUAAAUGGAAAAAACAAGAAGUACUGUGAAUACUGCAUUUUUUUAAAUAUUAAAAUGUUACAGAUAAUGGAAAAGGCUGUACAGU